AUGUCGACUCCGGCCGCAAACUUGGGAGACUUUCUCUCACACAAGUGAGUUUCUGUGGUGUAGAGUGAGUAGUUGACCUCCAAGCCCGUUAAGCUUUACAGGUCAACACAAACACGCGAUGCCGGAUCCGCCCGGCGCCGAUGCGCCCCCGCCCGAGGACCUAUUGGGUGGUAAUGGCGCGAGUGAUUCAUCACUCAACACGCAAACGCGUGAAGCGGUCACUGGAGGAACCGCGAAUCCUCCAGCUUGGUCGCCCGAGGCAACUCAGGUCCGGUUGGACCAUGAGAAGCUGAUGAAGAAGACCUUCCAAGUGCUCGGGAUUGUUCCCUCCAGCAAGUCGACCCGCCGACUGAUGGUCCUGAUGCACGACGCCUCGACCCCGCCUUCGCAGGCGCCAGCGCUCGCACGAGCCGCCCAAAGAGCGGUGCGAAACGACGCAGCCCCGGCCUCCAAUGUGAUUCGAGUCAUUAUGGAUGGUCCUGGAUCACCCAGAGGUCCUGUACAGACCGCGCUGCGCAAGCACUUUGGAUUGGCCGAGACGCCGUUCAUGUUCGCGCGGCCCGAGGGCGUCGUGCUUGACCCCGAGGUCGAGAAGCUUUUCUCGAAAUGCGUGAAGCUGAACCCGAUUGUGACGAAACCCACGAAGAGGUUCCCGAUCGCUCGUCACAUGUACGAGCUUGUAUUCGAAUCCGAGCAAGCUUGUCUUGAAGCCGCUUCAGUGGGCCCAUUCCCCUACCACGGCAAGGAGAUGGUUACCGAGCUCCCCAGCGCCUCUCCCCUUAACCACGUCGUGCAGGUGCGAUUCACCUUGCCCUCCUCCUCCAGCGCGAUCCCCGCUUCCGUGCUCCGAAAAUCUCUCGAUGAUGCUAUCACCCUUUCGUUCGGCCGCGCAGGUCGCACGCAAGGUUAUACCCUGAUGCAAUUACAGCGGGGCCUCGCGGUCGAUCCGAAUGGCGAUCCGAUGGCCAUGACCGAAGACGGGUUCCACUGCGCGUACCUUCGCUUACAUGCUGAUCUUUUCCAAGGCUCCAUCGAGACGCAGAAGGGUGCGCUCAACGCCGCUUUGCCACAAGAGAUCGAGAUCCUGGGUGCCAAGUACGGCUUGCGACACGAAUUCGAGACGCACUACUGCGCGGUGUGCGAUCGCGCCGGACACCAGUGGGGCGCUUGCAGGAAGCCGGUUUCGACUCCGGCCACCGCCGCCCCUGUUCCGGGGGCCUCGACCUCGACUUCGACUUCGACCACCGGCUUCCGAGUUGCUGGAAAGAAUGGGAAGCACGGUGGGCCUGCCGCAUUGAACUCUCGUGUCUCUGGCGCGAACAUGAUCCAGCUGGGACCUCGUGCUAACCCCGCAGGUGCAGUAACCGCCAACAAGGACGACGUGAACGACGGCGACGACGAGUCGGUCGUUUCGACCGAACCGGAGGGCGGCGACACUGGGGAAGAGACGUCGACGCGUGCGACCCUGGGCUCAACAAAGGAGACGCAGACGACGACGGCGGCGCCCGUUUCGACCCUGACCUCUCCUUCGCCUUUGUCUGGUGGCACGUCGGGAUCAUCGGCAACCUCGACAACCUCGAUAGCCUCGACGAGUCCUCGACGCCUUCGUUCGAGCUCGGCACCCGGCAACCGACGUGUCACCCGGGCGGGAUCCGCCAUGAUCCUCGGUGCAUCAGGGGGUGAUGGCUCAGUGUCAGGAGCACAGCCUGCACUGCCAUCAAUACUCGAAGGAAGUCUCCCAAGUUUGCGGCCGGAGUCGACAUCAGCUACCGGUUUGUUCGUUGCAAGCAUUGUCGGCGCGAUGGUGUAG